AACAGUUGUCAAUAUUGUUCGUACUGUGGAAGACGUGAUCUCAGUGAUUUGUUGUCUUAAUUCUUUAGAUUAAUUAUAUUUUACUAAAGUUUAAGUUAUUUUAUUGUAAAUAACUCUAGACAUUCGUAUAGUAUGUUAUAGCACUCAAUGUAAAGCACUUGCAUUGACCGCGAUACUAAAUAUCAUUUUCCUUGAUAUUUGAAUACUGAUUAGUAAUUAAAUUGUACAAAGAACUACUUUUAUGAACCUCUUACUAUCGGUGUUGUUAGGUUAACUGUAGCUAAUUAAAUUGAUUCCUUGUUUUUGUUUAAAUUAAUCGUAAUAAAACUCGCAAUGCUUACCGACUCCACCCCAAGGGUGCUCUCAAUCCAGAGCCAUGUUGUACAUGGUUAUGUUGGAAACAAAAGUGCAGUGUUUCCAUUGCAAGUUUUGGGGUUUGAAGUUGACUCAAUAAAUACAGUUCAAUUUUCAACCCAUACUGCUUAUAAACAUAUUAAAGGGAAUGUGUUGAAGAAUGAAGAGAUGGAAGAACUAGUACAAGGAUUAAUGUUAAAUGAAGUUGACUACUACACUCAUUUCUUAACUGGAUACUCAAGAUCUCCGGACUCUUUAAAACAAAUUGCUGGAAUUAUUAAAAAAUUGAGAGAGAAAAAUCCUGACCUAAUUUAUGUAUGUGAUCCAGUGAUGGGUGAUAAUGGUAAGAUGUACGUACCAGAAGACAUUCUUCCAGUGUACAGAGACGUUGUUGUACCACUGGCUGAUAUCAUAACGCCUAAUCAAUACGAGGCUGAACUGAUAACUGGCAUGAAGGUCAAUGACCUGAAUGACGCAUUAAAAGUGAUACGUGCCCUUCACGACAAGGGUAUUAAGACGGUCGUGUUAUCCAGUACGGAAUUAGGUGAUGAGAAGAAUAUGAUCGGUAUCGCUAGCACUCAAGGUUCGUGCUAUAAGAUUGAGAUACCCCGCGUAGACGCUACAUACACGGGCACGGGCGAUCUGUUCGCGGCGCUCUUCCUAGCCUGGGCGCAUCGGACACAAAAUGACAUCAAACUGACGCUGGAAAAGACCAUCGCAACGCUGCAGACCAUCGUAAAAGACACAUACGAUAAGGCGAGAGAGAAACAACCGACAGGAAAAAUUCCUCCAGCACUGAUUGAAUUGCGACUUAUUCAAAACAAGGCCGUUAUAGAAGACCCUGUUAUUACUAUGAAGGCUGUUAAGAUUGCUUAAAUAUUUUUAUUGUUGUAGUUAUAUUAAAAUACAGUCAAACCAGGAUAAGGGAGGGUCAUAGUCGUGUUCUGGCGGACGACCUCCAUAAGCGAGACGAAUAAUGCGGUUCCUUGGACUCUCCCUUAUCAAGGUUUGACUGUAAUUAUUGAUGGCAAAUAAUUUUGUUUUACUCUAGAUUUUGACUGCAGUGACAGGUAAUUGUCCAAGUUUUGUCAGAUUAAAACAAAUGUUACCGCAAUGGAAUACUACAUUUACGUUGAACAUAAGCAUAAUAUGUUUUAUUUAGUUUUGACGAAUAAUUUUAGGCAAGUUAAACGCUUUAAAAUUUAUUGAAAUUGAUUUAUUUAAAUUAUUUUGACAUGUGACUACUAUUGGAAUAUAGUUA